UCACUUCUUACUUCCAAAGAUCAUCUUUUAACAAGCGUUUCGAUAUUUAUCUACCUUAGAAUCAUGUAUUCCUCCCAUGUUCUCGCCGCCGUCUUUGGCCUCUUUGCUUUAAGCUCUGCCUCACCUCUCGUCGCCCGUCAAUACCCAAUCAUCUGCACCGGCGCUGCCGGCGAAACAUCCAAUACCCAAGCCACCAUUGCUAUCGAAGCAUUCUUCGGUACAACUUGGGGCCAAGGCCAGCAGUCAUUCCAGGUCAAUCCUUCGGGCUACAAACUCACCGUCGAGGGCGCGACAAUUGGCGUUGGUGUCACUCAGGCUGGUACCGGGGAAAGUCUAGACAUUGGCGUCCCGAACUUGAUCAACUACUGGAACGCUAUUAAUGCCCAAUGCUCGGAGCAGACUGGAGGGUUGGCGUCUGGCUACGUUGUUCUGUCUGAGGAUAGUAACUAUGCUGCAUACAUUAACUAGUAGAGGGGGUUUGGGCAUUACUUUCUUACCAUUUUAUAUGGUAUCCAUUUAAAUAGUUGCUUAAAGCUGGUUUUUUCAGGCGUCUAUAGUUAAAUAAAGC